AUGUUUCACAAGGCGUUUGUUGAAGUGAACGAGGAAGGGACGGAAGCUGCAGCAAGCACUGCGCCGAGAUUUAUUAGGCAGUGUGGGAGGAGGAACCCUCCUAGCUUUGUGGCUGAUCAUGCUUUCAUGUUCACUAUCGUGGAGGAAAGGUCAGGGAUUGUGCUGUUCCUUGGAGCUGUGGUUAACCCUAGCCCGCUGUCUGAUGAAGAGUGUGGCACAUUGAUGCACAUGGACAAGAAGCCUCGAUGCCAGUAA